GCGAUAUGUUGAAUCAAUAUUUCGCGAUACAAAAGAAUCGGCUAUUCUCAUUGACAUUCUCUGAUCAACCGGACUCGGAACCUGCCGCGGAGCAGUCGAGCAUACACCGAGCUCCCCAGCAUCGGAAGCCAUGAGUACCACCGACAGGGACCUGCUGACUACACCGAAGAAAGGCAGACCACUGAUCGCUUACUACAACCCUCAGUACAACCACACCGUGGAUUUUAAGCCUCCACCGCGCCCUCAGCAGAGUGUCAGGGAUUCGAGCAUCUACGAAGUCGUGGAACCUCCCCGACGCGUUCCACCAACGCCGGCUCCCCGAACCCGCAAACCAAACAGGUCGUGGAAAUUGUGCAACCGCCUGCUGUGGGUCUUGCCCCUGCUCUACACGCAGUUCUGGAUUGCAGUUGCAUGUGCCAUCGUGCAAUAUUUCUUCCCUUCUUUGGCUACCACCAGAGCAGUAGAGGAAUGGAAGAAUGUCUAUGUCAACACUGCGUUCACGGGUGCAAUGCUCAUAGGAUCUGUCAUAUCUGAAAGGCUGAUGGUUUGCAUGACGGCAGCCAGGUUGUUCAUUUGCAGCCACGGUUUCGUUAUAUUGUGCACCCUUUUAUUCGGGUGUUUAUACUGGUCACCAGGAGGCGAGAUCAUCACAGGUAUCGCCAUCGGGGGAGCUGCAAUCGGAGGACUCUUCCUAGCCUUCUACUUGGUUAGCAUGUACACGGUCACGACUGAGUGGUCUAAAGGCAGUGCUGGCAUUGCUAUUGCUGUCAUGCUUUGUGUGUGGAAGGCAGGAUACAUCGUAGGGCCUAUUCUCGGCGACGCUGUGGUCAAGCUAUGGAUGUACCCUCUUCCGUUCUUCGCCUGCGGAGGAAUCCUCUUCCUGUCCUUCUUGGUCAUUGCCGUAAGAGGGCCGGUACCCUCAGAGAAGGAACGCCGUAGUGGAUACGAUUUUUUCGUAACAGCAAUCGAGACACUAGACCAUGCCCUUUCCCGUGACGUCAAGUACAGGAAGGCGUUCCUGGACUCCCUCUUCCUGAUCGACAUGGCUACUGCACUGUUGAGUGCUGUGAUAAUCUCCUUCAACGAGACGACCUUGAAGCCACAUCUACAGACGUUCACUCUGACCACCGUUGACUUGGAAACCACCUUUACCGUUCAGCUGGCCUGCUACGGUAUUGGUGCUUUGACCGUAGGAGUCUUCUCGUAUUUCAAUAAAGAAGAAACGUGUCUACUUUUCGGUCAAACACUUGCAAUGGUGGCAUACUUCUUUCUGGGACCUGUGCCGUUUUUAGAAAUGGAACCGUCCAUGUGGCGUUUGUUUCUUUGCCAAGUCUGCAUCGGCCUUUCGACGGCAGCCAUGUUCGUUGCAAGUUUUAGUCAUGCCAUAGAGAGGCUAUAUGAACUGGGGUAUCCCGAAACAACUAGGACCACGGGAUUCGUGUCCUGCGUCUUUUUUACGUUUCUAAGCAUCGGCAUUGUCAGUACACCACCAUUAGCACAGCACCUGGUGGAUACUUUUGGCUACAGACUUGGCUCAAUGCCUCUCCUAGGGACAUUGGCUGUGUGGUGGAUCGUCAUCUUUGUCAUGUGGGUCUGUAGUCUGCGUCGCUGCUGUAAGGCGGGAAGACGUACGAGACUAACAUCGGACGAGACCGCUUCACGAACCUCGGCGCCCUAACUAAAACAGUGCUGCAGGGAUACCCGGGCCGAGAGCCCAGGGUGCUUCACUCCAUGUCUGAAGGCGUGUUGCUUGCAUAGAAUGAACACAAGUGUGCUGUGGUAUAUAGACAUAUACGCUGAUGGCUGUGCCAUAGCGAGUGAUGAUACGCAAGAUGGCAGUGCUCGAAGUGCGAGGGUUGCACUAAAUGCUUGCGUCCAGUGUGCUUGUCAUUGUAUGUUUGUUCUGUUUUUAUUUGUUUGUUUGUUUGUUUGUUUGUUUUCUUUUGACUGCGGUUGAUGCCUUCCCGUCAGGUCUGACGUCAAAAGAAAAUAAAUAUCCCGCGACAAAUGUCACUUGUACGAAUUAAAACGAUUGAAUGUUGCGUUCUUUCA